AUGGCGGACGAGUGGCGACACGAAUCUGAAGAAGCAGAUGAAGAGCUUCAAAUUGAGCCACGAGAUGUAGAGUUGGAUGUGACAGAAGGAACAGAUGAAGUUCCGAUGGACGAAGGUGAUGAAGAACUAGACAACCAAGAUGACGAGAUGUUCCAAGACGAUUCUAUCGCUGCAUUUUACUCACAUCGCAAGUCGGUGUUUUGUGUGCAACUGCACCCCAAUUUUCCGAAUCCACCAAUUGCUGUAAGCGGCGGAGAGGACGAUGCUGCGUGGAUCUGGAACACCAUUGACGGGUCGGAGAUCGCGCAUCUCUCCGGUCAUACUGACAGUGUGGUAGCUGUGGCGUUCAGCCACGAUGGCGAGAUGGUCGCCACUGGUGGUUUGGAUGGACGCAUCCGUGUAUGGCGUAGGCAUGGAAAAGAUGAUGAAUGGUCAACGUGGGAGUUUCUCACGAAUCUUGAGGGCCCUACAGAGGUUGUAUGGCUCACCUGGCACCCUCGUGGUCCUGUGCUCGUCGCUGGCGCCUCUGACACGACUAUAUGGAUGUGGAAAUUGCCGUCAGGUGCUGAAAUGAACGUUUUCAAUGGCCAUACUGGCUCUGUGACUUGCGGACGAUUCACACCCGAUGGACGUCGCCUCGUUACCGGCAGCGACGAUGGCUCAUUGAUUGUGUGGGACCCAUCGACAGCAGCACCUUUAGGGAAGCUGAAGGAUACCGAUACGCGUUUUGCUUUGGACGGCGGCAUCAUGUCGCUGUGUGUGAGUCCCGAUAACAAGCUUGUGGUCGUGGGGGGUGCCGCAGGAGGGAUCCGUGUUGUCAGCAUCGCAAACCUUGAUCAAGGCGGGGCUGCGCAGCUUGUCGGUUCGUUUGAUGCGCACGAUUCAGGCGAAAGCGUCGAAUCACUCGAGUUUAUUGACUUGAUUCCUUCAUCGGCUCCCUCUUCGCAAGGGCCGCCUGCUCCAAGUAAUGUCGUGGCGCGCUCAUCUACACACUUCGUUUCUGCAGGUACAGACGGCCGCGCAAUUGUGUGGGACCUGAAGGCUGGUACGAAACGAGGAGAGGCGCGCCACGAAGCUGCUGUGACAAAGAUGGUGGUUCAUCCAUUCACGCCUUUGUUCAGCACGAGCUCCAUGGACCACCGACUCCGUACGUGGGAUGCUCGAACGAUGCAGACACUGGGCACAAAGCACGGAUUCACCGAUGGCGUACUGGACAUAGCUGUGGGUCCAGAUGAUGGUAUUACUCAGGGUGCAGAAACUGGUGGGAUUGGUGCCUACGUCAACUCUGCACAAUCGAAAGGCUACAAACUCAUCGGGGCUGGUGACGAAGGUGUGGCUCUCGUCUUCCGUCUUGAUUGA